GUCGUCUCUUAACCGUAAGUGAGAUUUAUUAAAUACGGGUAGGGAAAAAAUACCAAGCAGAAGGAGAAGAAGAAAAAUACCCACAAUACUCUGCGUCGGUGAGGCGGCCAUUGCCUGUGAACGGAAGCAACUUGCAAGAGACAGCAUGGCACUCCGUCGGCUCUUUCAGCUCUCCUCAGUCUUCCGCUCGGCUGUGAGUGUGACUCUGCGCAGGAACAUCGGCAUCUCUGCUGUCCUUUUUAACAGGGCUAAAGAUCUGGACCCUGUACAGAAACUCUUUCUGGACAAAAUCCGCGAGUACAACGUCAAGAGCAAGAGCGCAGCCGGAGUGGUUGAUGCUGGCCCCAGCUACCAGAAGAACAUGACAGAAGAGAUUAACAAACUGCAAAGGUUAUAUGGAGGAGGUGACCUGACUAAAUUCCCCGAAUUCAAAUUCACAGAGCCCAAGCUGGAGGAGGUGGCCAAGUGAGCAUCCCUCUGCUCAAAACUGCUUAUGUCUGUCAUUCUGAGUGAUGAAAAUAAUUAUUUAAUAAAGCCCUUGGUUGAAAAA